CAGUACAGGUGCGCAACCUCAAAAGGAAGUGAACGUGUUUUAUACCUGUAAGGAACAGUAAAAUAGGUCAGUACAGGAUAGCGAAGACGGAGCCGUCUUAAUUUAUUGGAUAUUAGGCUACCUUACUUACAUAAGCUUAUUUAUUAAACUUGGCGACUCUUUUUAACCCACGUCUAAACAAAAUGCUUAUAUUUGUUUGCUUCAAAUGUUAGACGCCUUGAGCAACUUCUAAAUUCUUGCAUGGAUAAAAAAUACCGCUGAAUACUGCUUGUGGGAGCAUGAAGUUGUAUAGAUAAAUGAAACUACCAAAGUGGCGAUGGAGAUAGAUUCGGUGAGAGUUGAGUCGAGUCUGUGGAUCGGUAAUAAGCGGUACAGGGCUUUCCUGAGCGGAUGGUACUUCAGCUGGACUGAGAUCGACAAGAGGAACCGGGAGAAGAAAACAAUUUCAGUGCCGGUGUCAGAGGUGAUUGGGGUGAAGGAGGGUCGAGUUGAGAUCCAAACCCAGAAGAAAGUAGAAGACACUGACCUUGAUUUUACAUUAUUCUAUGUGAAGCGCAACAGCAGUGUUAACGGACAUGGACUGUCAUGGAGUCUGGGCAGGACCCAGUUCUGCUGUCCUAGCCGGGGUGUCCGGGAUCAAUGGAUCACUCAACUCCGAACCGCACUCAAAACCCACAGCCCCUCGCGUCCUCACAGGUUGUUGGUGUUCAUUAAUCCUUUUGGAGGAAAGAAGAGGGGGAAACAGAUCUUUCACUCUCUAGUGGCCCCUCUGUUUGAGCUGGCUGGCAUCAGCUCUCAUGUUGUGGUGACUGAACGAGCAAAUCAGGCCAGAGACUACAUUCUGAAGAAAGACUUAACAGGGUUUGAUGGAGUGAUAUGUGUGGGUGGAGACGGAAUGUUCAGCGAGCUGCUGCACGGUGUGAUUGGACGAACCCAGCAGGAGGCGGGAGUUUCAGAACAUGACCCAACUGUAAAGCUGCAGCCAUGUGACCUCCACAUUGGCAUAAUUCCAGCAGGCUCUACAGAUUGUGUGUGUUUUGCGACCGUGGGCAUAAAUGACCCUGUGACAUCGACGCUGCACAUCAUCAUUGGAGACUCUCAGCCUCUGGAUGUGUGUUCUGUCCAUUAUCAAAACACACUGGUGCGUUAUUCUGUCUCAAUGGUGGGCUAUGGUUUCUAUGGCGAUGUUUUGGCAGAGAGUGAGAGGCACCGCUGGAUGGGCCCUCUCAGAUAUGAUUAUGCAGGUUGUAUGGUGUACCUGUGUAACAGGAGCUAUCCGGGACUAGUGCAAUAUCUCCCUGCUGAUUCCCAUAUCUCCAGCCCACGGGACAAAACUCGCUGCCUCUCAGGGUGCCGUGUGUGUUCAGAGAGCAAAGAGAGGCUGUUCCCCCACUUUGACAGCUCCAGUUCCCUCUAUAGCACUAAUGUGAGCCAGUACAGCAGUGAGUUAGAGGGUGAGUGGGUGACUAUGGAAGGCAGGUUCAAGUGCGUCUCUCUCACCUGUAUGUCAAGCUCAUGUCCACGGAGCCCAAAGGGUCUUUCGCCGUCCGCUCACCUGGCCGACGGGACGGCAGACCUCAUCAUAGUCCGAGAAACUAACCCUCUUGGCUUUCUCACAUACCUUCACAGGCACACAAACAAACAGGAUCAGUUUGACCUGCCCUUCGUUGAAGUUCAUCGUGUCAAGGCUGUUCGGUUUUCUCUACCUCCUGGAGAAGAAGAAGAAGAGGAGUAUGAGGAGGAGGAUGAUCGAGAAAUUCAGACCUCUGCUCAGAGAGAACUGGAAGAUCCUGAGAAACUGAGCAGUAGUAACAUUGCAGGUCACUCACAGCAGCAUCUCGCAGGGUGGAAGGAGAAAGGAAGUGAGACGAGUAGAUUAAAGAGACAAGGCUUUGUGUGUGGGCCUUGCUGUGCUAAACCUCGCUCAAUAUCUGUGUGGAACUGUGAUGGAGAAAUUCUACCUCACACCGAGAUCUCAUGCAGAGUUCAUGGCCAGCUGGUGCGUCUCUUUGCCAGGGGCAUCGAGGAUUCAACAAUGCCAUGAAACUUGUAGGGGCUAAGAAAAGAAAUGUGAUCAACGUAACAUAUGACCUCUUUAUGGCACUCUAUAUGAGGAUGUAAUUGUUAGGGAGAUUAAAUAUAAUGUACAUAUUUAUGAUGGGUGAGAGGAUGUACAGAGUCUUAAAAUGUGAAUGUAUUAGACGUACAGCGGAGCAGUGAUGUCAUUCAAGCUCAUUUCACAUUUCUUAGCUAGAUAUUUCAGUUGUUCCUAUAUUUUCAUGGAAAUCUCAAGAAUAAUGAUUAACAUAUGUAGGUGAUGGAUCAGUUCAGGUCUGUCAUAUAAUAUUGUUCAUUUCACUGAUUUUAUAGGGGUUUUUUUGCAGAGCAAAAAUGUAUUUAUGCAAUAUUUUAGUGCAAACCAACAUUAACAUUAAAUUUUUUGUCAGGGUUAUUUAAUAGAGAUUUUUGUACUUUUGUCCUUUCAGUGAAGGCUCUUCAUUUUCUGUGUAAGGCUUGUACAUGGGAGUGACAGUCACAAACAGAGUAAAUGACAUGUUUUAAGGGAGUGGACCCAUUCCAGACAACAUUCUUCCAGCUUGACUGGAAUGUGCAUCUGCAAGAUGUCAGUGGGUUUAACGUUCAAAAUCACUAGUUGUCCUAAUAAAGUGUCAUGAAUGUAUUCAAA